AUGGGAUCUAAAUUGAGUAUAGAUAAGCAUGUUUCAAAUUUGGAAGACAUUUUGGAACUUAAUACAAAAUUAUUAGAGAAGAUUAAAUUCGAUAGUAACAUUCCUGAAAGCAUAACUUAACACUUAAAAGUAUGUUUAUUUUCAAAAUUAUCAGAUUUGGAAAUUUUAAGAGGAAAAGCACCCUUUAAAGAAAGUUAGAUCUGAACCAAUUAAUUUAAGUACCAUCUAAACUAGCGGUUUUAAUUUUCUAUCAACUGAAUGCUAUCUCGUAUUGUUGGUAUACAAAAAGGCUUAAGAAGGUAUAAUAAUGUUUAAUUAAUAUAGAGUACAAUCAAUUUACAAAUUUUCCUCAUUAAAUGUGGGGUGUUGUUGAAUCUUAUUCUAAUUUAACUCCUAGAGGUUUAGAAGAACCAGUGGCAGCAUCAGAAAGUCAUCUAGAAUCAUUUUUGCUACCCUAAAGAUAAUAAAAUCCAUCAACAUCAAAUAUUUAUGAGUAUAUGAUUUUUGUAUGGAAUGGCAAAACAGCAAAUCCUUUAAUUAAAGCAUCAGCCUUAUCUAAUGCUUUUGAAUUAGAAAAUCUGUUAAAUAGAGGAAGGGAUCCUUUACUUGAAAUACUCUUUAGUGGUGGCAUUAUUAAAAAUAAAAAGUUAUCUAAAGGAUCAAUAUUGACAUUAUAGAGUAGUGCCUAAACAUCAUCUACUACAAAUAUUGAAACUGAAAAUUAAGUUAGAGAAACUGUAUAUUUAUUUAAUUUUUUGUUUCCAGUCCCUGAAAAGAAAAAAGAAUUCUCUAAAUUAGCAGAUUUUUUAGCAAAAAAAUAAAAUACAUAGGCAUAUGCUUAAUAAUUUAUUUAAGUAGAUUUAAAUGAUGAACAAAUUUAAAAUUCAAACACUAAUAAAGUUAUUUAAAAGCCUAAAUUAAAUUUAAGAGAAUCUUUGACUAGUAGAGAUGCCUAACCCAGAGAUGUAUUUAAAGAAUUAGCAUUUCCUAGAAGAAAUUCAAAUGAAAUUAAAAAUAAUAUACAUGAGAUAUCAGAUGAAGGAUCUCCUCCUAUUUCUAAAGAAGGUUCAAAACCAAUUUCUAGUCGUUCAAGAGAAAAUAAUAGAUAUGAAGAUAUUAGUCCAUAAUAAUUACCAAUUACUAAUAAUAAUGCAUUUUAAUUUAAUUUACCUGCAUAAAUAAAAAGCAAAGUUCCUGCUCUUAAUAUUCCUAAAUUAGAUUUAAAUUGCAAAACUCAUUCUCAAGAAGUCAGUAUAGGAGUUCCAUUAGUUGAAGGUGUUGAGUAUAAUGAAAAUGAAAAAAUCAAACCUAUGAAAUUACCUCUAGCAAGUUUAAAAUUAUAACGAGAUGAUACUACAUAUUAAGAUAUUGAGGAAGAGGAUUCAAAUGGAUUUAAUUUUGAUAUCAGAGAUACAGAUAGGAAAAAGCUUAAAAUUUAACAUUUUGCAGAAUAAUGCUCAUCUGUAAUACCUAAUUUUCUUUAUGUUGGAGGUGAAUAAAUAGCAUACAAUAAAGAAGUCUUAAAAUAAAUUGGAGUCACUCAUGUAGUAAAUUGUGCAGGAGAUGUAUGUAAGAAUAAAUAUCCUGAUGAUUUCUUUUAUUAGACAUAUUAUCUCAAAGAUUCAAAAACAGAAAAUAUUGAAUGUAUAUUCUAUGAAGUUAUUGGUAUCAUUGAAAAGGCAAAAAAGAGUAAUGGAAAAGUAUUGAUUCAUUGUGUUUAAGGAGUAUCAAGAUCUGUGUCAUUAUGUAUAGCUUAUUUAAUAAUAUCUUAAUAAAUUACUUAUUCUCAAGCAUUCGAUAUUAUUAAGAAAAAUAGAGGAGUAGCAUCUCCUAAUAUGGGAUUUACAGUCUAAUUGUUAUUAUUUUAAAAGAGAUUACAAGCCUCAUAUGAUAGUAUACCUAUUGCUCCUAGAGUAUUUGCAGUAGGAAGAGGAGUUAGUGGACCUUAAAGUAUUGUAUGUAGAAUGUUGAUGGAUUAAUUAUAUUCUGGUAAGGUUUUAAGAACAUUUGAUAGUAGAGGAGUUUUUCUAGUACUUUCAGAACAUGAUUUAUAUUUAUGGAUUGGUCCUGAAUGCAAUAAAGCUGAAAAGUAUUUCAUAAUUUAUAAAUAGAUUUAUUCAAUAUGCUCUUGAUUAUACUAAAUUUUUGAAAUAAUUUGAAAAAGCCCCUAAUAUAUAACCUAUAUUGAUGGAAGCUGAAAAUGAAUCAGAAAUGUUUUGGGGUUUAUGGGGAAUAGUUGGUAAACCUGGGAUUAUUUGUUAAAAAAUAAGAGAAUGGGAUUAAUGGUAUGAAGAAGUUGAUGAGAAUGAAUUUAAUAAAGAAAAAGAAUCAAAUAUUUAAUUAUAUAGUUCAGACAGAGUUGAGGAAACUCAUGUUGAAAAAAAGGCAUUUUAUAUAUAUCCAAAUUCAGAUGAUUAUCUAUUGAUGUUCGAUUUAGAAGAUUUGGAUUAAUCUCAAUUAUUCAUUUUAAUAAAAGAAAUAAAUAAAUCAGUCUUACAAGUAUAUGUGUGGAGAGGAUAAGAUUGGGUAGGAAAUGAUGAUGUAAUAUCAAUUCAUUAUAUUAGGAUGAGUAAUAUUUUGUACAUGAAAUUAUAAGCAAAAACUAUUAAUAUAUAAGUGAGAGAAAUAUAUAUGUAUUUUAAGAGGUAACUAUAAAAUUAUGAUAAAUAUUAGGAACCUAAUAAUGAAAGUGAUAUAUUCCUUGACUGCUUUUCAUGA